UCGGGAGCUUGCACGCUACUAUGCUUACUCUACGGACGGGAGCGGAGGACGGCGGAGGAUGAGGGUUACUGAUCCAAAAAAACCUUUCGAUGGCAUUUGGCCAGCCAGUGGUGGUGGUGGUGCCGGUGCCGGGAGCAGCGGCUGGGGGGAGUUCAAGAGGAGGGGAUGAGGAGAUAUAAAAAUCCCACGAUACCUCACUACCGCCAGUGGUAUAUACUCCAUUACUACAGACACAUACACAUACACACCUCACAAUGGGCAACCCGAUAACGCACGUCCCGGCCUCAUCGCUCAGUUCCCUCUCCACGCGAAUCUCGUACCUGCGCAGCUUCAUCUCCUUCAGCGCCAGCGACGCCUCCGUCCUGCACUCUAGCGCCUCCGUAGUCGCACCCUUGAUCCCCGUGAUCGUCGACACGGUCUACGAGAAGCUGUUAUCAUUUGACAUCACAGCGCAGUCAUUCGUGCCGCGGCAGACAGGAUACUCCGGCGAAGCCCCCACGUCGCUGGACGAGCUCACGCCGGAGCACCCACAGAUUCGCUUCCGAAAGGAUUUCCUCGCCGGGUACCUGAGAAAGCUGGUCACAAUGGAUUAUGAUAAGAUCGAGAGCUGGGAGUACCUCGAUAAGGUCGGCGUUAUGCAUACCGGCAGGGCCGGGUUCGCGCAUCGCGCCAAAAAACCCGCUCUGAGAGUAGAACUCGUCCACUGCGCGCUGCUGCUGGGCUACGUCGAGGACAUCCUUGUGGGCGCGGUGAUGGGGCAUCCGGACUUGGACAACGAUACGAAAACGGUCCUGUUGCGCGCUGUCAACAAGCUCCUCUGGAUCCAGAAUGAUCUCUUCGCGCGGCACUACGUCGCUGAUGCCGACGCGGCGGAGGAGGCAGAGGCCAAGAAGAUUAUGGGGCGUGAUAGGGUCGCGCUGGCGGCUGUGGCGAUAGGGCUGGUCGCCGCGGGGGCGGGAUUGAUGCAUGUUCUGGGACCCGCCGUGUUGUGGCAGACGUAGAAGGGGAGCAGAUGUGGAUGGCGUUUGGGAUUUGACUUCUGUAAUGGGUUGGAACUUGGGUUGGCUUUCGGCGUGGAUCGUAUGACUCUUCUCACUUUAU